GUCGCCCCUGGGCGAGCUGGGACGGCCUCGCGGUCUCGGGCCAGCCCUGUGCGUGGUGCGGCGGCGAGAGGUGCACGGUCGAUGGCGAGGCGCUCUGCAUGCCCCACGCGUGGGUCGCGGGGCGGGCGGGCGUGUCCGUGGCCAACUGCAGCGCGAGCGAGACCAGGGAGAGCGUGGCGAUGCUGAUAGACACCGAGCUGGCAGGCUGGGACGCUGCACACGACAGCAUCCAGUUUGAGCAGGCCGCUCCGGGCUUCAGGUGCGCCGCGGAGCACGCGAGCGACUCCGCGGGCUUCAACAAGUUCUACUGGACUUUUGCGGCCGGCUCGCUCGCCCAGUGCCAGGGCAUCUGCUCCAACAAGUCGUACUGCAGGGGCUUCCAGUACGAGGACGGCCAGAACGAGUGCCAGGUCUGGUGGCACGCCGUCCAGUCCAUAGACCUGGCAGUCGGCGACUCCGAUGCCAACUUCACCUGCGUGCGAAUCGCCGCCGUCGAGUCCUCCGCUGGCGACGCCGACGAGAACGAGACUGGGGCCGACGGGAGCGAGACGAACGCCACCACGACGCACCGGGGGCUGACGAACGCCGAGAAGGGCAUCAUCGGCGGCACGGUCGGCGGCGUGGCCGCCGCAGGGCUGAUGGGCGGCUUGUUGGGGGGACUCCUGAGGGCGACGCACACCAGCACCGUGACGGUGACGACGACCGCCCUGCUCGUGGACGCGCUGCUUGGCAACCUCACCGAGAACGCGAGCGCUGGCCUGAUCCUGCCGGGCACCGCCAACCGCGGCAUGCUGGACGGAAACCCAGCCAGCGAUCCGGCGCCUGAGGAGCUCGCCGCAGGCUCGCGCUGGGGCUUCCUGCCUGCCUGGGCGGCCCGCCCCAAGCUCAUGGGCGGCGUCGCCGUUGCGCUGGUCGCGGGGUCGCUCGCGGCGCUCCUGGCGCCGCGGGGCGGCGCUCGGGGGCGGGCGGGUGCCAAGUCCAGGGCCGUGGAGGUUGAGGUCGAGGUCGUGUCCGACGGGGAGCAGCCGCGGCACCUCGAGGAGGGCACGACCGAG